UGGAAUUUUCCAAGCUGUUUAAAGGCACAGUACAUGCACUAAGUUGAAACUUCUGACCCACUGGAAUUGUGAUACAGUGAAUGAUAAGUGAAAUAAACCAUUUUUAGAAAAAUCACUUGUCAUGUGCGAAGUAGAUGUCCUAACCGACUUGCCAAAACUUGAGUUUGUUAACAAGACAUUUGUGGAGUGGUUGAAAAACUAGUUUUAAUGUCUCCAACCUGAGUGUAUGUAAACUUCCGACUUCAACUGUACCCAUGUCAACUUAAUGUCUUUUCACCGUUUUUGUCACAUAACCUUUUCAAGACUCCAUUAUGAAGAUUUAAGUUGUGCUGAUCCUUUGGAUUAAGAUACCUGUGUCAGUGUCCUAUUGUAAUGCAUUACUGACUAUUCCUUCUAUUCACUGUACCACUCACUGGGAGCCAAAUCAUUUAUUGGUGCCGGUUGUGUCGGUCUGUGCAUGACAGAAGGCAGCCUUCUGGGUUCCAUAUAUGCUGGUGGUGGCACCGUCGGACCAACUCUGAUACCAAAUAGGUGGAAUCUGAUGCCACAUCAUUAGGACUGUGGCGGGGACAGAGGCUGAGGAUGCCUUGUUAUCAAAGUAGCCUUUUCCACAGUGCUGAGCUGGCCUGAUUAUGCAUCCCCUUCAUUGCUGUAGGCCACUGUCCAUAGGGUGGCGCACAAUUGGCCCAGUGUCGUCUGGGUUUGGCCGUGGUAGGCCAUCAUUGUAAAAAAAGAUUUGUUCUUAACUUAAGGUUCAAUUUUAAAAGUCCUGAAACCAUGACGUGAAAGCACAGUACAUUUGGCUUGGCCUGCUUUGGGUAAAUCAGGCAUGUGGUGGGGGCUGAGUUUGGUCCACUAUCCUGACCUGUGGGUGGUAAUGACGAGGGACUGCCCUCUGAUGCUGUGAUCUCAGUGGGUUAGGGGCCAGUCCCUCCUGCUACUCAAUCUCCUUAUUCACUGACUGACCCUCCCACUCACCAGCAUGCCUCAACUACAUUCCACACAUGCCAGCCCGAGUCUCAGCCUGGCACUUGGAGCGUGUGCCCGCCAGGGUGCUCCACGCUCAACAAAAGGUUGAGUGUUCAGACUGGGGGGGGACUAUCGGUAUGGUCCCUCUGGUUUGAAGGGCUACAGUGUGCUGAAAGGGUAGGACAGUGCCCACCUCCCUUACUGUAAUGGUCAGUGCUGUAUGACCACAUAUUGUCACAUCCCGUCUCCCAGAGCCAAAUGGACUCCUCAAUCCCUGGCUCGUAUGGUCGUUCUCUAUUGACAUCUUACUGCUGUUGAAUGGCCGGUAGUGGUACAAAAUACAGUGUUCCAUAUUCUCACGAGUACAAAAGACUAGCUAGGCAAAUUUCCAUUGAAAUUGUUUUUAAGUCCAGGAGUAGGUUGAGUCUGAGUCAGGUAAUCGGGCCUCAAUUUGAAACAAAAUGCAGAAUUAAUAAAAAAAGCUUAUAGAAGCAUAAUCAAUCUAUAGCUUCAAAAUAUAAAUAGGCUGUUGGUCCUUUAAUUUGAGAACGGUAACAGUUCUCCAGCCCGUCCCUCCGAGUGAAUUUAAUUUAGGAUUGUUUCUAGAAUGUAUUCUGUACUGUAACUGGGUUCACUACAAAACAAAGACUACAUGAAAUGCAAUACCCAUUUAUUUUCAGUUUAUUUGGACAAUAAUCUAUUGUCUGUCAUUCCUAAUAACAGCCCUUGGUUGUGUGUUAUUUACAAUAAUCCAUGUGUUUGCAUGCCUUAACUUUAUUUGUAUAUUCUAUUCAUCCAAUUUUUGUAAAAAGUAUCUACUUUGCUAAAACAAUUUUUGAGCAAUACUGUAGUGAGACAGCAAGCUUGGAGAAGAUGGCACAAUCGAGCUCUUUGUGCCUUGGCUCUCUGCAAUUGUUCUUUUUAUACUAUUUGCUACCACUCCUAUCAGCUUUCAGCUCAGACUAGUGUCUGCUCUCAAUAGCCUUCUGUAUGCAGCCAGAGAAUAGAGCCCAUGCCCUCUUCCUCUCCAUCUCUCGUUCCCUCUUUCUUUUUCCCUUUGUGUCUCUCCCUCCCCUCUCGUUCUCUUUUAAACACAAACAAGUGCAAGUCCUGACAGGGAGCCUGAUGUCACAGUUGGCUGUAUUCAGCUGGAUCUCGUUCAAAAAGUGGAGCAGAAGAAUCAGGUGUGCAUAAUAUACAAAGAGAGAGAGAGAGCGCACCUGCCAGAUGAAUUGGCUAUGGAGCGUUGGGCAUAACAUAUGUAAUGAAAAGGAAAGCACUUGACUAUGUGGUGGGGUUGUGACACUGUGUGUGACCCGACGAGCAGGCACAAGCAACCAGUGGACCGGACAGCUCUUCUUGAGAUGCACUGCUAUGCACUCUGAGGAGAAACAACAGUCUUAGGUUUUAACUUCAGUUGCAUUUUUCAUCUAACUGCAGUUGCGGGAUUUAUGCACAACAGGAUAACUUCUAUUUGGGACCAUGGUUGGCAAGCAGGGGAGGCAAUGGAGGUCGAUGUGCAAAGGCCUUGUCCUGGGUACCCUACUCACUAGCUGUAUGAUCCUGCUCUACUGCCUUUCUGCUCCACAGGCCCACUUCAAUCUGCCUGAGGGUCCAGUGCCUUACUCCUGUUCCCAUCGACCUGCUCAAGCCCACACCAGACUUUUCAAAAACAGCUCACACCAUUCACCGGGGCAGACAGGCAUCUGCACUCCCAAAGUGGACAUCAUGUUCAUGAAAACCCACAAGACAGCUAGCAGCACACUCCUCAACAUCCUCUUCCGAUUCGGAGAGAAGCACCGGCUCAAGUUUGCCUUCCCAAACAGCCGUAAUGACUUCUUCUACCCCUACCCAUUCCAGCGCUCCCAGGUCAAGGACUACAGGCCUGGCAUGUGCUUCAAUAUCAUCUGCAACCACAUGCGCUUCAACGCACCUGAGGUGGCCAAGGUGCUUCCUACAGACACCUCCUAUAUCACCAUCCUCAGAGACCCGGCUGAGCUCUUUGAAUCCUCCUUCCACUACUUUGGCCGCCUGGUGCCCAUGACCUGGAAAAUACCAGGCGAGGACAAGUUGGGGGAGUUCCUGCGCGACCCCCGCCACUACUUUGACCCCAAUGGCUUCAACUCCUUCUACCUCAAGAAUCUGCUGUUCUUCGACUUUGGGCAGGAAAACACUCUGGAGCUGGGCGACCCGCGGGUAGAGGAGGGCAUCCGGGCCAUCGCAGGCCGCUUCCAGCUGGUCAUGCUGGUGGAGCACUUUGAUGAGUCCCUCAUGCUGCUCAAGGACGCCCUCUGCUGGGAGAUGGACGACCUGCUCUUCUUCAAGCUCAACGCCCGGAAGGACUCCACCGUGUCUAAACUGACCCCGGAGCUGAGGGUCAAGGCCCUGCAGUGGAAUGCCGUGGACUGGAGGCUUUACCAACACUUUAACGUCACCUUCUGGAGGAAGGUGGAUGCAUACGGACGCCAGCGAAUGGCUGACGAUGUGGCGGAGCUCCAGAGGAGGAACGCAGUGAUGGCGGCAGUCUGUAUCGAGGGAGGCCAUGCUGUGGACGCAGGGAGCAUCCAGGAGACAGCCAUGCAGCCCUGGCAGCCCAUCGGGGAGAAGUCAAUCAUGGGCUACAACCUGAAAAAGAAUGUGGACAAGGCCCACCGCAAGCUAUGCCUUAAGAUGCUCACCCCAGAGCUGCAGUACCUGACAGAGCUGGGGGUCAACCUUUGGAUCACUAAACUGUGGGGUCAUGUGAGAGACGUGAUCAACUGGUGACUAGAGGGUGAUUAGAGAGACACGAGCCAUGGGCCAAGAGAGUGCGGCUGUGGGUGUGUGCCUGCUUGUGUGAGAGCCCCUAUUGGAUUGCAUAGCCUCCAAGGCCUGAAUGCCUGCAGAAGAUCAUAAGGGGUUUGGUUUUGCAUAGCCUUCUCAAUCAUGGUAUGAUGAACUCUUCCUCUGUGUCAGCAGUAUUGACUUGUUUGCCUUAAAUACAGUACAUGUUUGCAGUAUGUAAUGUACCUGAUAGGUGCUUGAGAACCGCAACGUUUGCGUUAGAAUCUGAAGAUAAGCAUAAGCAUCCCUCUUUAAAAUGUACGUGUUUAUAGGUAUAGUAUACUGAAUACCCUUUAUACCCUCAGCCCUGCCAAUCUUAGAGUAUUUUUGAAAUAAAGACUAAAUUAAAAAGA